AUGAGCGCUUCUGCCACGUUUGCAGAUGUCACCGGCGCUCUCUUGCUUCAGGUUUGGUCCAAUCUCGCGGCAAGAGAGAUUCUUCUCCUCGCUCGCGUGGCUGCUGCCUACUGGCAAGCUGCCCUGCAACUUGUGCAGAAGAGGUUGCCCUUUCCUGCGCCUUUUGCUUUGUUGACCCUGGAAGAAAGGGCCAGUGUGAUGCGAUUCUCGCACUUCUUGGAGCAAGCAUGGCUGUUUGAGAACUUUGCACACAUGGAUCCUCAGCGGCUAGUUUCAACGGAAGGUGAACUUCCGGCCUUAUUUGGCAAGCAAGGAGGCGUUUGGCGCAUUGGCCCUGGAACGGAAGCACCUCCACAGAUGCACAGGGCGCCUUGCAGGAGUACGCUUUGCACUGCGACCACCUCCAGCUUCGCGCCACUUGGCCACUGGUGCAUGUGCCUCGCCAACGAGGAUCCAAGCACAAAUUAUGGUCCGAGUGGUUUGGUCUUCAGCUUUCCUUGUGCCUGCCGGCCAUCUCUGGUGGUGUAUCGUUGCAAAGCGAGGGCCUCAUGCCCACAUCGGGCAGGUGCGAUCUUCGCCUUGGCACAUGGCAUGGGCAAUGACAAAGGCCCGGAGCGGCCUCUGGUAUGCAUGUCUUUUUCUCGAGACGGCACGGGCCGCGACAUUUUCUCUUCAUGCUCGAGCCGGGUACCCGUGGGGAGUUGGCUGGAUGAUUCCUGGAUGACGAUUGGCAUCAGAGUGGAUUGGCGACAUCGUAUGCUAGACAUAUAUCUCCAACAAUCCGCAGAGCAGUCCAGCACGCACCAACGGGUUCCGUUUGCUGACCAAAACAAUGAUGCAGUGAAAUACUUGCUCUUGUACAACCAGACAAGUGAUUUUGUUGCCAGCUUCACCGAUGUGCUGAUAUUGUGA